AAUGGCCAUAUAAAAAGCACGUUUCUCUACCAGAAUUCUGUCUUCUAAAUAAGUUGAUAUUAUUUUUUGAGAUCCGUGGCAUUAACUGAACUCUGAACAUUGCCUGAGCAGUUCUCUUUGAUUGACGAGUACAUGUAGAUAAAAUUAAUAUACUUUGACAGUGCAUAGAUCUCUCAAUUUAAAAUGGCGCCCAAGAAGGAAAAAGACGAUAAGCAAAAAGCUCAAGAAAACAACGAAAAACAUGAAAAGCCAGAAGAAGAGAAGCAAGAUGAUGAUGCAGGCAAGCAGCCGCCUAGUGAUCGGAGCUGGAUUAAGAACGACUACAAGAAGUUGAAGCAGUCCCUUCAAAAACAGCAGCAGACUGCGCUCAUGAGCGAAAGCGGCAGAGGCUUGAAUGCGUAUGCUGAUACUUCAGUGAGUGAUACAGCCAUGAACACGAGCACGAAACCAGUCAAAGUUGAGCCAUAUGGAUUACGGCCUGGGGAAGCUAUAGCAAAGGAAUACGGUAGAGACAGUACGCUAAAGCCAGUUGACCCUCAGAAAUCACUUCAAAUCGACAGCGGAUUCCCAAUGCCUUACAAACCUCAAAAUCAAAAGAAGGAGGCAACAGCGAAAAAUAAGGAGAAGGAACAGAACCAAAAUAGCGAAAAAACGGCAGAUGAGAACAAACAGAAGUCUGAUUCUACUAAGAAGAAAGACGAUGGCAAGAAAAAUGAUAAACAAAACAAAGAGAAACAAAAUGAUACCAACAAAAAUAAUGAGCAAGAAAAGGACGACCAGGAAGACAAGAAAAAAGAGCCGCACUACAUGAGAAUUCCUUACCAGCUGCCGCGUGAACGAAGAGUGGUGUUCAAGCCUUUGAAGAUACUGGAGCAGAAAAGAAAAGAUCAGUUGAAUUAUGAUGAUCUUCGCAAAAUAAGGAAAGAAGUGGAGGAGCAAAAGCAGGAGAGAAGUGCUGUCCGAUACGAGGAGAACUACACUCUCACACAGAGAGAUUGGAAAGACAUGGAGUUCGACGGCCUAUACGAUUUGAGACUUGAGGCAGACAAGAAGCGACUGCAGAAGCCUAUAGUCAGAUACUUCGGUGCAUACAAAAGAGGCAACAGGGAGGCGGCCACAGAACUUGCUCAGCCUCUGGACCCCACCACUGCCGACGAGCUAGAGUGCAAGAAGCUGGACACUUUGCUGAACAAUCUCCAAAAGACAUAGAAGUCUUAAUUGCAUGCACUUAGAGAUUGACCAAGCUCGACCUGAAAAUUACCUUCUCCUUGCGAUUUGCGUUUCGAAAGAACAGAAAAUUUGAAAUGCUUGCCUUAAAUAGCAUCUGCAUCACUAACAAGUUGCUGCUUUUAGCUUAAAAAUUGCGUAUAUUUUUUGAAA